UCAUGUAAUAAUUGUUUUUAUUCUUUCACCAAGUCCAUUCUCAUCAUUGGUUUCCACUUUUCAUCUUACAAAGUAAAUAAAAAAUCACAUUCAAUACAUGUUAGGAUAAAAAGGAAGUAUAAUCGAUAAAUGAUUUUAUCAAUUUACGGUAGUAAAUGUUAUUCUGGACACCACAAACUAACAUGAUGACUCUGGUAGUAAAAAGGCUAUGCACAUGAGUGGUUAAAAUAUUUUCCAUUACACAGGCAGUCAGGUGCUUGUCAGUGGUAUAUCCACAUGUUACCAUAUACUUAUUAGUUUGUUACUCCAAAAAUAACUCAAAUGAAAACUAAUUUAAAAACAGGGAAAAAUACCCUGCUAAAAUGGAAUGUGACAUUUGGACCAAAGUAAACAAAAAGUGAAUGCCAUCAAUUAGAACAUUUUUAAAUCUUUGCUGUAUUCUUGCUGAUGAAUGUUGUCCGAUUUAUAUGCUCAUGGUGACCUGGAUAAAAUCAUCGUACUGAAAUGAGGCAUUUCCAGAUUGGGCCGUGUCCCUCCUGCGGAACUGAUCGGUCAGGGCGCGGAGUCUCACGGAGCAGCUCACAAAUUCAUCAAAGGGGAUUCUGCCAUGAAUGCUGUAUCGCCUCAAGAUGCAGUUCAUGGCCUGCGGGGUCAAAUUGUAACCCAUAGAUGUGAUGGCCUGCUGGAGCUCAUGGCCCUCUACUGUCCCACUGCCGUCCCGGUCAAAGGAGGUGAAAGUCAUCUUCCAGCCGUUCAGGGCCUGCCACAGAUCCCUGAACUCAUUAAAGCCCAUUGUCCCGGACAUGUCGCGAUCCAGCAUGUUGAUCAUCAGUUUGCACGUGUCCAGACUGAAGGGUUGAUAGGAGCCAGAGAUGCCCGACUGGGUGAGACAACGCUGCAGCUCGUCUGCUGAGAUCUGUCCAUCCUGUCCGGCAACUGCAGAAAAAUACCCGUACAGAGGAUCCUGUUGCAUUCCUGGCAUUCCAGGGACUCCGCCCGGCGGGGCGCCGUAUCCAGGAUAAGCCAUUUGAUUAGUGAUUCAAAACCGGAAAAAAAACAGAGGGCUUAAGUCCAAACGUGGCUUUAAUCAACCAAACCAAUUAAACCGGUGAUGUAGAAGUAGCCUGGAUCUUAGACGGACGGAGGUAGAAUCACUGGGUUAUCAAAUGUCCCAUUUCCCGUAUCUAGCUUUCAACCCUCGAUUCUGAUUGGACGAGAGAGAGCAUGUGACCUUAAGUCAGACGGCUACGGCUGCAAAGUUCAAACCAUUGGUGCAACUGCUAAAGCAAUCAAUUAAGGAAAAAACACUUUUUUUAUUUAUGAAUGAGUACUGAUUGAAAAUAUUGUUUAAACAUAAUCUAUUAUAGAGCACAUUUGACUUUGAUAAAUUCAAGUGAACCAAGAAGCUUUUACAUAAAAAUAUGUUUAAAUGUAUUUGGUCAUGGUACUCCAGAUGUGCAAAUGAUUCAGAAUGCACCACAGUUUAGACAAACAAAAGAUUGUUCUAAAUACCACCACACAUUUACAAAAGAGAUUACGAAGAUCUUGAUUCUGCUCUUUGACCCUUGCUUCUUUUUACACACUGUGUCAUAAAGAUAACAGAACUUUUGUUCAAUUUAUCAUGAAAAUGUUAAUCGAAGAGCCUUUUCAUCUCUAUGACCUUGAGUUACCAAAAAAUAUUGAUAGAAUAAAAGUUAUAUUGAGCGUAUAUUAAGAGGAAGUUUUGCAAAAUUUGUUUAAAACACAAAAUGUUGAUAGUUUGAAUGUUUGAAUAAACAUAUUUGCAUGAACUAUUAUAUUACAACUAUUAUAAUUAUAGUAAAUAUUCAAAUUCUGAGCUACUUGACAAUUUGAAUUCUCCAUAUGGGAAAUUAAAGUGUUUUUUUAUUUCUAUGAAUAUUAGGUUAUGCAGAUAUUCAUUCAUUCCCCUUUUUCUUCUUUGCUUGAGUUCGAGGCAGAGAAAAAUGCAGAAAUGAUCCUUUAAUGGAAAUCAUGACAUCAGUGGCUUAGGAAGCACGUCCAAUCGGUGUCCUCUCUGAUGUGACACAUGCAGUCAUUCCUUCUGUGCACCCCCCCAGUAAAAACAACACCCAAUUUCAGGCUCAAUUCCAUUUUAGAGACAAGGCUGAAAGGGAGCAGUCACACAUUUCUCACAACACAAUCGUGGAGAGAACUGGACAAAGAUUAAGCUGCAAUGUACAGAGUCAAACCCAACUGUUGGAGUUGGUCACCUGGACCUCCUGGAGGUCUCAUUUCUCAAAAUUCAAGGAGAGGUGCUUCAGACGUGCUGAGAAACCAACAAGAAGAAGAGGAAGGAGUAGAUGAUUUUCCUCCUGUCUGCCACCACACUAUGGUUUGUGAUGACAUCAUGAUCCAGGCUGCAGAUGCUCAGUGGCUCACCUGUGAUCCUGUUGGCUCACUGAUCCCACCCACAUUUGGCCAGGCUGAACUUGAUCAAGGUGUUCAUUCACUGGAAUAUCCAGCAACAGUGAUCGAAGCCGAUCAGGGAGAAACACUGCAGUGUUUCGUUCAGAGUUCUUGCUGGGAAAGUCCAAGAAUGGAAAUCCACAGACGUGUAGGUUCUUAUAGGGAGAGAAAACCAGGAGAUUUGGACCCCUGCUGCACAGCAUCUCCACUGAUGUAUUAUGGAGCGAAACUUAAACCAUACUACAACUACAAGCAUGCAUUGCUUCCCGUCGCCUAUUAUUGUCCUGGAUACGUCAUCACUUCGCGCACAAAAUGGCGUAUCUCGGUGCAGUGCCAAUUCAUCGCCGGUAAUUUAGUAACAAACGUUGUUGUUUUGGAUUCAAACGCAACCAUGUCGGAUUCAACGGAGUCGCAGGUGGUCCAGGAACGUCUGGACCGUCUGCAGGAGCUGACCGAAUUUACUGAGAAGUGCAAAAAACAGCUUCAUGACAUUUUUGAAACGCUGGGAUGGUCGUUGGACUACAAGGCUUCCAACCAGGAACCAAUGGAGCAGUGUCCCUAUGACCCUGGCCACAGAGUCCCUGCGAGGACAAUGGAGAAGCACAAAACCUCCUGCAGGCUUCGGAAAAUGGGCUACUCAGUGGAGGAACAGGCAGAGAUGUCCGAUACCUCUGUGUGUUAUGAGAACAGCAGCGUAAAAACCUUCACAAUGGAUAAAUCCACCCAGCACCAGGUGAUCUUACAGGCCCGAUCUGCGGCGCCGCUGAUGAAGAUGGAGGGGGUUUUCUGGCAAGCAACAGGGGCUUGCCUGAUUACGUGCAGUCAGUACUCCGGCCAGCCCGUCGACGUGCCUCAGAACCACAAGCGAGCCGUGUGUGACCUCACCGUCGCAGACCGCUUGGCUCUUUACAAGCACGUGAUCAGCCUCAACCAACAGAAGGAAGCGGCGUCAACCAGCAACGAGGAUCUUUAUGUAGACUUAGUGUCUAAACUAAAAAAAAAUGAGGAACAAAAUGAGCCCAAGAGCCACCUGGAGCUGAUGGCAGAGAUGAGGGACUACAAGAGGCGGCGCCAGUCCUACCGAGCCAAAAAUGUGCACAUCACCAAGAAAUCCUACACAGAGGUCAUCAGAGAGGUGAUCAGCGUCCACUCCGAAGAACUUGGCAGACAGUGGAAAGAAGAGCAGGAUGAGGGAGAAGCUUUGAGAUCUGACCAGUCCUCCCACAGUCGAAUGUUGGAUAAGAGACGGUCAGCCUCCUCUGAGUCGGGCCACUCGCACAGCAAGCGCCAUCGCAGCCACGACCGAAGCCGCGACAGGGAGGGGAAGAAGAAGAAGAAAAAGGAGAGGGACUCCCGCUCCCCGCAUAAAAACCACGACCAAAAGAAGAAAAAGAAGAAGAAGAAAAAAGACAAUAAGGAGAAAGAGAAGUGA